AUGACACAUAUUUAUGAAGAUAUACGUGUCGAUGCGAUCAAAUUUAUGGAAAUAUGGCUUAAUAUCGCGCCCGAUAUCAUUGUAGAUGGAUUCUGGCAACGGGUGGUGCCUAAUUAUAUUGGACUUUUGACGACUGAUUCGAAUUUAUCAACCAUUACUAACUCAGUAUCUCGAAUAGUUACCCCUUCAACCAAUUCGCGGAAUCAAUUUUUGUCGCAUGAAAUUAAAAUUGAUAUUUUAUCGAGUUUUCAUAAACUUUUGAAAUAUGGGCUGAAUGAUGAUGAUAGUGACCCAAUCAAUUGGUUUCAAUCAGUUAGGCAAGGAGUUUCAAUUGAUUGGGGACAAGUUCAUGGCAAGGUCGAAUUGAUACCUCCACAUCCGCUGAGAUCUUCUCUUAUACCUUAUUUAUCCAAUUCUAGGCCAAAAUAUUCUGCGCAAUUUAACCUGUUUAACAAUUCAUCAUCUUUAACAACUACAAAAAAUCAAAAUGAAUGGGCUAGCAUGAGUAAUAAUAAUAAUUCAUUAUCGCAUAAUGAAAUGACAAAGGAUGCCGAAAAUAAUUACGAUUCUUCAACUGUUCAAGGUCGUAUGUCCUGCGCAAAGGACCUUUUGAACGUCGUAAAUCCAAUUCUCCUUGCGACUUGGUUGGAUACUGCACCAUCAGUUUUUGGUACAGCUUCUGCUUUGAAUCAAAAUUUAUCAUCAUUAGAAAUAAUUUACCUUGUCUUAAAGAUGAUGGUAAUACUCUGGAGAGCUACGAUAAAAUACGCGUUGACUUAUCAGGAAUUUACGGAUAAACAAUGGAUCGAGUCGCAUUUAAGGCAAUUAAUUAAACACUAUGUGAUUUACUUUCCCUUCGGUUCCGAAUCUAUCGUUACGCGGGAUGCAAAGUCCGAAGUUAUUCUACAAGAAAUGAAUUUAAUGUUUUGUGAAUUAACGUCAAUCUUUCUAAUGACGACGAAAAUGACCGCGUUGGAAAAGGAAGUGUUGAUUGGUUCAAAUUAUAAUAAGAGAUCAUCUCAAAAGAAAAGGAAAAGAAUUGAUGGCAUGGAUUCUUCAGAAUCUCGGCCGUUUUGGAUAGAACAAGUUGUAGAAUAUAUUCUACACUUUUUAAAUUCCGAGCCAACUUCGAAAGCUGAACAUUUGACGGCUUUGUUACCAACGAUACGGAAUUUGCUCAAUUAUUUAGAAAAAGAGGAACGAGAUUCUAUUUUCAGGACAAUUUUAAAUUAUUCCAAAAGGUGUCGAGCUCAAUCAACUUCGAAGAGGGUCAUCAUAGGAUUUAUUUCGAAAUUUUUAAUGGUACGAGAAAUUUCGCAUUCACAAGUUACUUUUCAUAUACAUCAUGACGCGCCGUUUGCCAAAGAGGUGCAAACUUGGGUAUUGAGUUUACCUAAAUUAUUAUGGGAGUUAAAGACGAGUAAUAUUGAAACGAGUCAGGAAGUCCUUUACGUUUUAUGUGAUUUUGCCAAAAGAAGCGGUAAAGGAAUAUUUAACGAUGAGAUUAUGAUCCAACUUCAAACGGUUCUUAUCCCUUUCCUUUAUGUAGACUUGCCUAAUAAAGGACCUCUCCUCGGACCUUUCAUUUCUUUACCACAAAAUCUUCAACGGAAAACCAUUGAAUUCCUUUUUCUUUGUCCAAAAGUUAUAGAUAAAAUGAAAUAUGCUUUGGAAAAUGUUCUAAAUAGAGAAGAGGCCAUAUCCGUGAGAAGUUACGCUCAUUCCUUGUUAAAUGAGAAAUUUUUAAUUAUUUAA